AUGCCCCCUUCAGCCGUGCCGGACCCGGCGUCCGCGCUCGGCCGCCACGCUUCGGUUACCGUAUUGACCGACCGUCUCGAAAAACCAUCGCUCGACGAUAGGCAGUAUCGCGUCGUCCGCCUUGACAACGGCCUCGAGGCCCUUCUCGUCCACGAUCCAGAUACCGACAAGGCUAGCGCCGCACUCGACGUCAAUGUCGGUAGCUUCUCUGAUGAAGACGGCAUGCCUGGCAUGGCCCAUGCCGUCGAGCAUCUCCUCUUCAUGGGCACCAAGAAGUUUCCAGUAGAAAACGAGUAUGGCCAGUAUCUCUCCUCCAAUGGAGGUAGCUCGAACGCCUACACAGCAGGCACCUCGACAAACUACUACUUCGACGUCGACGCCAAACCCGCCAACGAUGAAGAACCCACAGAAUCAAAUCCUUCGCCUCUUCUAGGUGCUUUGGACCGCUUUGCACAAUUCUUUAUCGAGCCUCUAUUCCUCUCAAGCACUCUCGACAGGGAGCUAAGAGCGGUCGAUUCGGAGAACAAGAAAAAUCUGCAGAGCGAUGCCUGGCGUCUCCAACAGCUGGACAAGUCGCUCUCAAAUCCCAAGCACCCCUACUGCCACUUCUCCACCGGCAAUUUUGAGGUUCUCAAAACCAUCCCCGAAUCACAGGGUAUCAAUGUUCGCGACAAAUUCAUCGACUUCCACGCCAAGCACUACUCAGCCAACCGCAUGAAGCUCGUUGUCCUUGGUCGCGAAUCCCUCGACGUCCUGCAAAAAUGGUCUGUUCAACUGUUCUCCGCCAUUGUCAACAAGAACUUGCCUCAAAACAGAUGGACUGAAGAGGUUCCAUUCAGACCCAACGACGUUGGUAUCCAGUGGUUUGCCAAGCCUGUUAUGGACACAAGGGAACUGAAUCUGGCCUUUCCAUUCGUUGAUGAGGAGGAACUGUACGAGUCACAGCCGAGCAAAUAUAUUUCCCACCUCAUCGGACAUGAAGGGCCCGGCAGCAUCAUGUCUUACAUCAAGAGCAAAGGCUGGGCCAAUGGUCUGUCAGCAGGCGCAUACUCCGUCUGCCCCGGCACGCCAGGUAUCUUUGAUGUUCAAAUAAGACUAACUGAAGAGGGUCUCAAAAAUUACCCCGAAAUUGCCAAGAUAUUCUUCCAAUACGUGUCGUUGCUGCGUCAGUCACCGCCGCAAGAGUGGAUAUUCCAAGAACAAAAAGGGAUGGCCGAUGUCGACUUCAAAUUCAAACAGAAAACACCGGCCAGUCGCUUCACAAGCAAAAUUAGCUCCGUCAUGCAAAAACCUCUACCUCGCGAAUGGUUGCUGAGCGGCCACAGCCGUUUACGGCGCUUUGACGCGACAUUAAUUUCGAAAUGCCUGGAGCUACUCCGUCCCGAAACUCUACGCAUGAAUAUUGUUUCUCGCAAAUUCCCGGGUAAAUGGGACAAGAAGGAGAAGUGGUACGGCACAGAAUAUACUUCUAGCAGGAUACCCGAUGACCUCAUGGCCGAGCUAACCAAGGCCGCCUCGGUUUCGGCGGCCGAAAGACUAUCGGCCCUUCACCUGCCACACAAAAACCAGUUCAUACCUAAUAAGCUUGAAGUGGAAAAGAAGGAAGUGGCAGAACCGGCUACCUCACCCAGACUUUUGCGCAACGACCAGCUGGCCCGUACUUGGUGGAAAAAGGAUGACACCUUCUGGGUGCCCAAAGCCAGUGUCAUUGUCAGCCUGAAGAACCCCAUUAUACACGCCACGGCCGAAAAUAGCGUCAAAGCUCGGCUGUUUGCAGAGCUGGUCCGUGACGCCCUGGAAGAGUACUCUUACGAUGCUGAGCUUGCGGGCCUGCAGUACAAUGUAUCACUCGAUUCGCGUGGGCUAUUCCUCGAUGUCUCGGGUUAUAAUGAUAAGCUUCCUGUGUUGCUGGAGCAGGCUGCGGUAACAAUGCGAGACAUUGAGAUCAAGGCGGAUCGCUUUGAUAUCGUAAAGGAGCGGCUAACCCGCGGUUACGACAAUUGGCAACUCCUAUCAUCCUACCAGCAAGUAGGUGACUAUAUGACUUGGCUUCACGCCGAGAGUGACUACGUCGUUGAAGAGCUAGCUGCCGAACUCCCGGACAUCACCAUUGAUGACGUGCGUAGCUUCCAGCGGCAGAUGCUUGCUCAAAUGUACAUUGAGGUUUAUGUUCAUGGCAACAUGUACCGAGGGGAUGCGAUCAAAGCAACUGAUCUUUUGACGUCUUCUUUCAGAUCAAGAAUACUGCCACCCAACCAGUGGCCCAUUAUUCGAUCACUCAUCAUCCCACCUGGCUCCAAUCUCGUCUACAACAAGACGUUGAAGGACCCGGCUAAUGUCAACCACUGUAUCGAGACUACUUUCUCCAUUGGGGACCGUGCUGAUCGCAGGACUCGCGCAAGAGUGUUGCUCGCCGACCAACUGAUGCACGAACCUGCCUUCGAUCAGUUACGUACCAAGGAGCAGCUUGGAUAUAUCGUGUUUGCUGGCAUGCGCAGUUUUGCGACGACUUGUGGGUUACGUUUUUUAAUUCAGUCAGAAAGAGAGCCGGAGUAUCUGGAUCGCCGUGUAGAGGCCUUUUUGAUCCAGUUCGGUCUGACUUUGGAUACGAUGCCCGACUCCGAAUUUGAGAGCCACAAGAGGAGUUUGAUCAACAAGAGGCUAGAGAAACUUCGAAACCUGGACCAGGAGUCGGCUCGGCACUGGAGUCAAAUCUCAAAGGAGUACUACGACUUUGAGCAAUCUCAAUUAGAUGCCGCAGAGGUAAAGCUCGUCACCAAGGCAGAAAUGAUUGAGUUUUACAACAAGCACCUUCACCCUUCUUCGACAAGUCGUGCCCGCAUCUCGGUACACUUACACGCGCGGGGCGCUGUUGAGCGCGAUAACAAGGUUGUGAAUGCACUCAACCAAGCCGGCUUUCCGGAUGUGCCAGAGGAGCACCGCAAGAGCCUAGAUCUGGUCAAGGCGCAUUUGCGAGCCAAGCACAACCCGUCCGAUGCAGACUUGGAUAGCAUCAUUGCGUCGAUCAAAGAGCUUGGCCUGGUGCAGAAGGCGCAUCCCGCGGACGAUGCCGAGGCGGUGGCCAAUGGCAGAGAGUGCGCCGUCGACACUGCAGAAGAGAUUAAGGAUGUUCGUUUGUACAAGUCGGGUCUGCUGGCAAGCUCAGGCGCGCGCCCAGUGAAGCAGCUAAGCGAAUUCGAGGACAUUGACUCGAAGCUAUGA